CCCCAUCUCAUCUCACCACACCGCCGCAACAAGCACCACCAGCAACCCACACAGAGCAGCCAAGCGAAGCUCGCCGGAGAGGGAAGCGAAGAUGUCCGGCCGCGGCAAGGGAGGGAAGGGGCUCGGCAAGGGCGGCGCCAAGCGCCACCGGAAGGUGCUCCGCGACAACAUCCAGGGCAUCACCAAGCCGGCCCUCCGCCGUCUGGCGCGCAGGGGCGGCGGGAAGCGCAUCUCGGGGCUCAUCUACGAGGAGACCCGCGGCGUGCUCAAGAUCUUCCUCGAGAACGUCAUCCGCGAUGCCGUCACCUACACGGAGCACGCCCGACGCAAGACCGUCACCGCCAUGGACGUCGUCUACGCCCUCAAGCGACAGGGACGCACCCUCUACGGAUUCGGCGGCUAGGCCCCGACGGUCCAGUCGAAUCCACCUCGCGCCGCCAGUUUCGUAGCUAGCCAUCGGUUGUUCAGUGUUCGGUGUAAUGGAAUGGCCGCAUCUCGCUGCUGUCUGUUGUUUCGAUGUAGAAUGGAAAUAUCUGCAUUUUACCCCUGAA